AUGGCCGACCACACGUACCGAAGCGACUCGUCGAGCCCAGAGUCUCGAGACCCCUCUGGCUCCCCCGCGCCGGCAACCGCAUCCACUCAGACCCACGGUGGGAUCGUAAUCCCUGAACCACCCCGGCCCGAGUACUCGAGGAGCAACUCGGAUACCCCAAACAAGAAGGAGAAGAAGAGGGUGGGAUUCACGGGUGGAAAGGAGGACCACCGAUCCAGCAUUCUCAUCGAUGACGGCUAUCUCUCUCCUUCGAGCCCAACGCCCGAUCCUUUUGCUACACCCAGACCCGAGGACGACCACACGGGAGAUGGCCCCGAGCCAGCCGAGCUGCGAAGAGCCUUGACCCAGAUCCUCAUCACCGAGUCCGAGAACAACGAACCUACCGCCCCUGCCAUUGCCAUCACCGGCCCAGCUCGACCUCGCCCCGCCAUCAAGCGCAACACGAGCUAUGAUGUACCAGACGAGCGGCAGAAGGCCGACUGGGCGGAGCAGAGAGCCUCGGAGAGACAGCAACGGUCCGGCGCUGAGGCCCGUCAGCGCGCCGACCGUCUUGCCGUCAGCGUCGAGCGAAGCUACUCCCUUCCUCCUUCGCGACGAGGAUCUCUUGACAGGACUGCUGAGUCACUUGCCGAAGAGGACGAGGAGGCCGACAGUGUUGCGACUGGUCUGGACACAUCCAGGUUUGCUGACGCUGGCGUUGUUCGAUCGAGGCCGAGGAAGAACUCCCAUCUGACGGCUGAGAACCUCGUGCGAACCCAUACCCAGCGAGGCAGGCGGCGUGACGGAGACGAGAUGUUCAGGUUCCGUCCUGAGGAGGGCGCCGCAUCACGACCCGCGACGCCCACCGAGGAGAAGAAUUACGCCCAAGAAUACGUUCCCCGCCCUGAGAAGUACCACGGCGGCAUCCUCGGAUCCUUGUUGAAGCUUUACAACGACGGCGGCAAGGACAGCGGUGACAACAGCGGUCGUACUACGCCCAUGACUGCCACGCCCAACCCCUCGCCGCCAGUCUCUCAACCGCCGUCGAGGCCCAGCUCAGCACAUGGGUCCCCCCGGGAACGAUCUCGCCCGAGUAGCGGCUUUUUUGGGUACCACCGGCACCAAGGGUCGAAGUCGUCCCUUGCCCUCAAUGAACUCAUGAAGUCGUCCUCCAUGUUCAUGGCGCCAGGAUCGAACGCCAUGUCCGGCUCGGUCGCCGAAAAGAUCAAGACGGACCCGAUCCCCGACCGGAAAAAGCGAAAGUCGGGCACGUGGGGAACAGCAUCGCCCAAGAGCCACAAGUCAAAGGAGAAGAAGAAGCGUGACGAAAAGGUGCGCAUCACGAAGCAUAUUGCUCAGAUCUUGUCGCGUCACAAGUAUCUCGUGAAGCUCUGCCGCGCCCUCAUGAUGUACGGCGCCCCCACCCAUCGGCUGGAGGAGUACAUGACCAUGUCGGCCCGCGUCAUGGAGAUUGAGGGCCAGUUCCUCUACAUCCCUGGCUGCAUGAUCAUCAGCUUUGACGACAGCAGCACACACACGACCGAAGUGAAAAUCGUCCGCACCUCUCAGGGUGUAGAUCUCGGCAAGCUGAGAGAUGUGCACGAGCUGUACAAGGAGGUCGUGCACGACCGCAUGGGUGUCGAUGAGGCUACGGUCAAGUUGGACAACAUCAUGUCUCGCAACCUCAAGUUCAACAACUGGGUUCGCGUCCCCGUGUAUGGCCUUGCCAGUGCCUGCGUUGCGCCCUUUGCGUUCCAGGGUCGCUUCAUCGACAUGCCCAUUGCUUUUCUCCUGGGGUGCAUACUGGGCUGGCUGCAGUUGAUUGUGGCGCCCAACAACGAGCUGUACGCCAAUGUGUUUGAAAUCACGGCAGCCAUCAUCACGUCGUUCCUCGCCAGAGCCUUUGGUUCCAUCAGGGGUGGCCAACUGUUUUGUUUCUCGGCACUGGCACAAAGCAGUAUCGCCCUCAUCCUCCCCGGUUACAUGGUUCUUUGCAGCAGUCUCGAGCUGCAGAGUCACAAUCUCGUCGCCGGCAGUGUUCGCAUGGUGUACGCUAUGAUCUACACGCUUUUCCUCGGUUACGGUAUCACGAUCGGCACGGCCAUUUACGGCUUGGUGGACCGCGAACACGCCGUCUCGGACACUUUCUGCCACAACCCCCUCGACAGAAAGUGGCAUCUGCUUUUUGUGCCGGCCUUCACGCUCUGCCUGUGCGUCGUCAACCAGGCCAAGUGGAAGCAGACGCCCGUCAUGCUGGGUAUUUCGCUGGCCGGUUUCGUCGUCAACAGUUACUCGAGCGACUACUUCCAGGGCAACACGCAAAUCUCCAACAUGCUCGGCGCCCUGACGGUCGGCAUCCUCGCCAACCUGUACUCUCGUCUCGGCCGGCACGUCAACACGGCAUGGUUUGAGUUCGUCGACUGGUUUCAGCUGCGUGUGGCUCCGCGCUUCCGGAGCUCCAGCCGCCGACACAACGAGCGGCCGGCCGAGUCGUACCAGAUGCACGGCCACACGCCUCUGGACGUCGAAUCUCGACCGAGCUCGCCCAACUCAAUCGAGAGAGAAAAGGCCGAGCAUGAGCCGCCUCGUAAGCAGAGGACGGUCGGCUACGGCCUCGCGGCGGCAGCCAUGCUCCCGGCCAUCUUUGUUCAGGUGCCUAGCGGUCUCGCGGCGGGCGGCUCGCUCCUGGCAGGCGUCACGUCAGCGGAUCAGAUCACCAGCGGCAGCAACGGCACGAGCACGGGCGGAGCGGGCGGGCAGGAGCUUAACACGUCUGCGUUCAACGUGCUGUUUGCCGUCAUCCAGGUUGCCAUUGGCAUCACUGUCGGGUUGUUCCUCAGUGCGCUUAUUGUGUAUCCUCUGGGGAAGAGAGGGGGAGGACGGAGUGGAUUAUUGAGUUUCUGA